UUCCCGGGCGCUGCUGCCGGAGGCCGCGUGGGCCUGGCGGGAAGGGCCACGAGCUGGUCCUUUUUUGUUUCCUUUUUCCUCCUUUCUCGGCUCCUCCGGAAAAGCGGAAGGGACAGAGCAGCGAUCAGACCCACCCACUGUGUCCCAGCACGUGCGUGGCCACUAAGGAGCCCAUUCCUCCCUGGACCCCACCCAUUUAAAGCGGCUUCAGGAUCCUUGACUGUGAUGCAGAGCCUUUCAGUUAGCUAGAAGCCUUGGCCCAGCCUCUUGAUGCAGCCUGAAUCCAGCAGGUGUGAAGAGGAGAUCCCUUCCCUCUUGUGGGGUUUGGAUCCUGUGUUUCUAGCCUUUGCAAAACUCUACAUCAGGGAUAUUCUGGACUUGAAGGAGUCCUGCCAGGUGCCAGGUGUAUUUCUUUACAAUGGACAUCCAAUAAGACAGGUAGAUAUCUUGGGAACUGUCAUUGGAGUGAGAGAAAAAGAUGCCUUCUACAGUUACGGAGUGGAUGAUAGCACUGGAGUUAUAAACUGCAUCUGCUGGAAAAAGUUGAGCGGUACCGAAUCUUCAUCAGCAACCGCAGCUGCUCCCAGUGCAGCAAGAGAACUGAGCUUAACCUCACAGCUUAAGAAGCUGCAAGAGACCAUUGAGCAGAGAACAAGGAUAGAAUUUGGGGACAUUAUCCGAAUCAGAGGCUACAUCCGCACAUACAGAGAAGAGCGAGAAAUUCAUGCCACGGCUUACUAUAAAGUGGACGAUCCAGUGUGGAACAUUCAAAUUGCAAAAAUGCUUGAACUGCCCAUUAUCUACAGGAAGGUUUAUGACCAGCCUUUCCGCAGCCCAGUUCUAGAGAAAGAAAAGGCACUAAGCAGCAAUCCAGGUGCCUUGGACCUUGCCAGUCUCACAUCUUUGCUGAGUGAAAAAGUGAAAGAAUUCCUCACAGAGAACAGAGUGCAAACCUUUUACCAGCAGGAGCUGGAAAUGGUGGAGUCUUUGCUGUCCCUUGCCAAUCAGCCUGUGAUUCACAGGACCUGCUCUGACCAAGUGGAUUUUAAGAACGACACCACUUCCAAGGCGAUUCAUAGUAUAUUUAAGUGUGCCAUACAGCUGCUGUGGGAAAAAGGACUCGUUUUCCAGAAGGAUGGUGGUUUCGAUAACCUAUACUAUGUAACAAGAGAAGACAAAGACCUGCACAGAAAGAUCCACCAGAUCAUUCAGGAAGAUUGCCAGAAACCAAAUCAUGUGGAGAAGGGUUGCCACUUCCUGCACAUCUUGGCCUGUGCUCGUCUGAGCGUCUUCCCCGGCCUGAGUGAGGCUGUGCUGCAGCAGGUGCUGGAGCUCCUGGAGGACCAGAGUGACAUCGUCAGCACCAUGGAGCACUACUACAUGGCGUUCUGAGCAGAGGCCCACAGACAGCAUGGGAGGUCCAGCUGAGGAGGAGAGAGACAAGGUGGUGUUCACCCCCAGGCUCUCAUUGUAAACACCAUGAGGGGGCUUAUAUGUCUGGAAGCAGUAACCUCAUAAUAAACUUUAAAAUAUGGUCGUUUGGACAAUGGGA